AUGAAAAGAAGGAUCGAGAAGUUUCUUCGCGCACCAAUAUUCAUGAAUUGAUACAUUUCUUAACGGCCAAGGCGUGAAUCGCCGCUAUCUACUACAUUUUCUAUCUAUUUAUCAAUCAAAUCAAAAUCAAAGUGUUGUUCGAAUUAUCACUGCAAAAGAGAAAAGAACUCAAAACAAAAUCAUGGAUGUAACAAUUGGAAGAGGAACAAUGCUUCCAUUACUAGCUCUUCACACUUUCACCGAAUAUUACAGAUCGGAAUCAAAACCACCCGUCACCGCCGCCUUAAUCGCCGCCAACACUCUCAUCUAUUUCCGACCUCAUUUCCUCCGUUCCAUCAUUCCUCCCAUCGAACAAGUCAUGUUCAACUCCCACGUCAUCCUUCAGAACAAGGAUUUGAAGCGAUUCUUCUUAUCGGCGUUUUACCAUACCGGAGAAUCUCACCUUGGUUACAACAUGAUAUCGCUUCUAUGGAAAGGGAUGCAAUUAGAAUCUUCAAUGGGAAGUGUUCAAUUCGCUUCUAUGGUAGCUUCUCUUCUUACUUUAUCACAAGGAAUAACCCUAAUUUUAUCCAAAUCGUUGCUUAUUUUUUUCGAUUACGAAAGAUCUUACUAUUAUGAAUACGCGGUUGGUUUCUCUGGUGUUCUUUUUGCAAUGAAAGUAGUUCUCAAUUCACAAUCAGAAGAUUACAGUAAUGUUUAUGGUGUUUUAGUUCCGUCGCGUUAUGCUGCUUGGGCUGAGUUGAUUUUGAUUCAAAUGUUUGUACCUGGUGUGUCUUUUAUUGGUCAUUUGAGUGGUAUACUUGCUGGACUUGUUUAUUUGAGAUUGAGAAGGAAUUUUUCGGGUGGUUUGAGUUCUGUUAUUAGGGGUUUUAGGUCUGUGUUGAAUUGGCCUGUGAGUUUUUUAGGUGAUUUGUUUGGGUUUCGGAGGGGACGGAUUACUGGUAGGGGGACCGUUGGCCGAGCUGGAAGGAGUGCUGCUGCUCGGCCGGCUGCUAAUUGGAGAUGUCAGGCGUGUACUUUUGAUAAUUCUGGUUUGUUGAGUGUGUGUGAAAUGUGUGGUACUGGUAGGGAUGGUGGUUCUUCUUUGCAACAGGAUCCCCGUGAUUACUAUGAUUCUGAUGGGCUUCCUUUGGAUGAAUUGCGCCGCAGGAGAAUUCAAAGAUUUGGUAGGUGACGAAAUGUUAUCGUGAUGAUGAUAGAAAUAAAACUUCAACAAAUAAUACAAUUGUCAGUUGGAUGUAGAAAUUUAGUUGUUGUAAUAAAAAAUUAAAAAUAAAUUUAGUUGUUCAUACUAGUAUUAGAUAUUUUGAAAAAAAUACUAGUAUUGGAUAUCAUAAAUUGUUUCUUAUGUAUGUAGGUGGAUAUAACUUUGUUGUGUAACUAUGAGCUGAUACUGUAACGAGUUAUUUUAGUAAGUUACAUAACAUCUUGGUACAUGAAACAAUUGAUCCUUUUCUUCUGAGAUUGGUUUAGCAUUA